AUGUCGCUGGAGACCGGUAUCCUCAAACCCCGCCAUCCUUCCAUCGAGGACACAGAUCAAUGGCCCGAGUUCAUGUUGAACAAUGUCCACGUUCAUCUACCCGAUGAUCCUGAGGCGACGGCAAAUCUGUUAGAGGCAGCCGAAGGAUAUCCUUUGACAGUCGUUGGCCAGCUGGAGCCGCUAGACGAAGAAGACGCGCAUCUUUACGCGCACGAACCUACCACGAAGCGCGUCAACAUCAUCUUAGAGAAUGUGUAUACUUUCUCAUACGGUCAGUAUGGAGACGGUAGCACUGCGAUAUGGGCUGCGGGGAAGGCGGGAUGGUACACGAUCAAGCCUGGGAGGAGAUACAAGGCCACAUACAGCGACAUGGUUGAUGCCGUAAACGUGCUCUACUUUGUCGCCGAUGCAUACCGGGAGGAGCGGAAAGCGGGCAAAGGCAAGAGCGCGAAGAUACUGCCAGACUAUUCAGCGCAAGAGCUGUUCGCAAAGUACGCAGCGGAGGAACUCGGCUCAGAAGACGCUGCUGAAGGCGCAGACAAGAUCUACGAAUACAAGGACUUCCUCAUAUCGAGCAUGAUCGCUGGUAAAGAAGGUUUAAGCUGGAGUAAAUUCCCUCUGUACAAGCACUUGUUCGUGAAGUUCCCAGAUGUCUGGGCUGAGAUGAAGCAGAGACAGACACCACGACCACCAAAGCCAGAAUCGCAGAAGUCGAGAGCUAAAACCACUCGACGGGAAUCGAUUGAGACCACCGACUCCGCCAAGAAGCAGACAUUCACAGCAAAGACGCGUACUACGAGGCAAGGCUCAGUUGACACAAUAUCCACGGCAAGCAGCACACGCCAGCGACGGGGCAACCAGCAGAAGAAAGUAUCACGACCGGUCGAGGUCAUAUCGCUCGAUGGCAGCUCCGACGCCGGUUCAGCCGCGCGUAACACCCACACCAGACCCAAGACUGCGGGCAAGGGCACAAAGUCGACCUCAAGACGAACAAGGGCCACUUCAGAAGCGAUAUCAGAGGAAGAGCAUGAUUCGCAGGAGAUGGAUUUGGUUGAAACACCAACAAAAGAUGACGACAGCGAUGUAGAGACAAAGUUGCGUGCACGAAAGAACAAGUCUUCUUUGCGGCCAAGACCGAGCAAAGCACCGAAGAGCACCACACGCGACGGCGGCAAGAGACCUGCGCCUGGCGAGCAUGACGACGACGAAGAGCUUCCACCUUCUCCGACAGGAAAGAGGAGACUGGCAGACGUUGACGAUGCUCGGCCGACAUCAAAGCGGCGCAACAGCAGGCAACACCUGGAUGAAGGUAUCGACAUUCCGACUUCACCUUCCAACUCGGGCGAAGCAGACGAUGCAUCAACUCCGGACACUACAUCAAAUCUGGUGAACGUGCCUAUACGGUCACUCAACCACUUAGAUCCAGUUCAGGAAGACACAUGGGUCUGCGCUCUUGAUGGCUGUGCGCACAAAGUGUACGCAGCAUCAUCACCCGAAGCUCAGCUCCUUAUCAAGCAGCACUACAAUCUGCACGCCUUUGACGACGAUGAACGAAUACAAAUGAUAAAGAAGAUGCAAGCACCAAGUCUGCCGGCAAGUCGACUGAUGGAGCGAGUGAAGCUGCAGGCAAAAGCGGAAGGGUUUCCAGGAAGUCACCAGAUGGCGCCGCGUUUUCCUGCUAUCGGUGUUACGCAAAGAUAUUGA